CUUGUUCUAUGCUCAUUUUGUUUGUUAGUUCUUUAUAUUUUAUAAAACUAUAUUCCUCCAACUAAAGAAGUUAUUCUCCAAGCUUUAAAUUUCACAAAACAGAGGAUUCGAGUUUGUUUUCUUUGAUUUAUGUGUAAUGGCUUCCUUAGCUAAUGCCAUGCAAUUUUCGAUUCAACGAUAUCAGUUUCCUUCUGGGAAUAAACUUUUUGGUGCUAGAACUAGUUCUUCUGGUCUGAUUCCAUGCAAGAUACAGUCAGUUUCAUCAUCAUUAGGAUUUUCCCCAGAGAGUUUUUCUCCGGUUGGGAUACCUGGCAAGGCCUUGAAGUUUUCGGGAUGGGAUCAUUUGUUGAGAAGGCGCGGUGCUGUUGAUUUUCAGGUUACUAAAGCUGCAGCUGCAGAUGCUGGUGAUCAUGAGAUUGAAAGCGUUGAGGGGAUUUCAAAGGCUAAUCCGGGCUUUUUUGAGAAAUAUCCUGCUUUACUUACUGGAUUCUUUUUCUUUACAUGGUAUUUCCUAAAUGUAAUAUUCAACAUCCUGAACAAGAAGGUCUACAACUAUUUUCCGUAUCCAUAUUUUGUCUCAGUUGUCCACCUCCUAGUUGGUGUCGUGUAUUGUCUUAUUAGUUGGACAGUCGGUCUUCCAAAACGUGCACCAGUUAAUAAGGAACUUUUAGGCCUACUUACCCCGGUAGCAGCCUGCCAUGCCCUUGGACAUGUCAUGUCUAAUGUAUCAUUUGCAGCCGUGGCAGUGUCAUUCACACAUACAAUAAAAGCCCUGGAGCCAUUCUUUAAUGCAGCUGCUUCUCAGUUCAUUCUAGGCCAACAAAUUCCGCUUCCCUUGUGGCUAUCACUGGCCCCUGUCGUUCUAGGUGUCUCAAUGGCAUCACUGACUGAACUUUCUUUCAACUGGCUGGGAUUUACUAGCGCCAUGAUUUCAAAUAUCUCGUUCACCUACCGGAGCAUCUACUCUAAGAAAGCAAUGACAGGGAUGGACAGUACCAACGUCUAUGCUUACAUCUCUAUAAUAGCCCUGUUGUUUUGCCUCCCUCCAGCAAUACUUAUCGAGGGACCUAAGCUGAUGCAAUACGGGUUCCAGGAUGCAAUCGCCAAAGUAGGUCUAUACAAAUUCUUGUCUGAUCUAUUUUGGAUCGGAAUGUUCUACCAUUUAUACAAUCAGGUCGCGACGAACACACUGGAAAGAGUUGCACCACUCACGCAUGCUGUUGGAAAUGUGUUGAAACGAGUCUUUGUGAUCGGUUUCUCCAUCAUUGUAUUUGGCAAUAGGAUCUCUACACAGACCGGAAUUGGUACUGCAGUAGCAAUCGCUGGUGUUGCCAUUUACUCCUUAAUAAAAGCAAACAUGGAAGAAGAAAAACGGAAGGCUGCUAAAGCACUCUCAUCGUAGGCAUUACAAAGCCGAAUGAACUGACAACAUCUGCAUAUCGCUGAGGGUAAUAACGCAGGCCUUUAGGAAACAUUCGAUGCCUGGUUAAAAUUUUUGCAGAGCUACUCAUUUUUUUCGAACUGUAGGACUUGAAUGGAAGUUCUUGUGGUGAUGCAUUCAGAAAAAUGGAAGAAUGUAAUAGAAUCAACUACUGCUACCCAAAUAGAGCUCAAUUACUUAGGAAUAAUAGUGCGGAUAACUGUUUUGCAAUACAAUACGAUUAAACUAAGAAGGUAAA